UAAAAAAGACAGUGUACAGCUUUCCCGCGUUUUGUUCCAUUUCGCUUUUUUGCAAAAGUUAAAUACAAAGUACCUGGUUAGAAAUGGAAAAUUUUGAGGAAGAUUUUGAGUCAAAAACUGGCAAUUUUCUUAAGGAACCUUUGUCGUUGAGUGACUUAAUCGGAACUGGCUGUAAUUUUGAAAUCAGUACCAAUUUUGAAGAGGAUGCGGCUCAUAAAAUAUUUGAUGAACUGAAUUUGGGAUCAGAUGAAGAAGAGGACGAUGACAAUCGACGUUCAUCCGAUGAACUACCGGACUUGGUAUCCCCAUGGUUACAGCCAUUUGCAGAGCUCAAAGAGAAUAUGCUGCAGAUUAAUUCGUAUUUAUGGAAGAAAGUAAUGAAAAUUGGGAAAGAGAGCGAACCUGUAGUACCUUUUAGAAAUGCACGCGUGACCCUACGUUACAAUGCUUAUUGGGAGGGUGAAGGAGCUCCCUUUGAUUCGAGUUUCCUUAGAGGAUCGUCUUUAACAUUUUACACUGGCCUUGGUGAAGUGUUAGAGGGUCUUGAAGCAGCUGUUUGUACCAUGCACAGUGGCGAGCAAUCGCAAUUUGUUAUCUCAUACCAUCUACUGUUUCGUGAAAUGGGAUGUCCGCCUCGUAUUAAACCCAAAGCUGAUGCCUUAUUCAUUAUAGAAUUGUUGUCGUAUAAUUUGAUUGGCGAUAUAGAUGCUGACCUGCAGAUAUCAGCGGAAGAUAAGACUAAAUUCCCUGUAGUUAUUGAAAAGGUGAAAGAUAUUCAUCUCAAGGGAUUGGAUUUUUUUCGUCAAGGACUAUAUCGGAAUGCUAGUCGUGCUUUUGAAAAAGCUGCAGAUAUGUUGAAAUUUUGCCGCCUGGCAAAUGAGGAAGAGGAAGAGGACCAAAGAAACUUUUUGAUUAAACUCUUUACUAAUUUAGCCGUGUGUUACAUUAAAGUUAAUUUACCAUCGCGCACUUGCAUAGUUUGCAAGGAAAUACGUCAGCUAACCAAUAAUAAACCUUCUUGUAAAGCUCUGUUCCAAGAGGGGAGAGCUUUGUUAAUGUUAGGGGAAUACAAGAGAGCUAGAGAAUUAUUGGUCAAAGCUCAGUAUAUGGAACCGCACAACGACGACAUCGGCAAUGAAUUGAAAAUCUUGGAUACUCGUUAUAGCCGGUACAAAGAAAACGAACGUAGAAUUUGGACUAAAGCGAUGGGCAUCAUUAAAAGCAAGGACGACGAUAAAAAGGAGGCUAAUUUAAACGAAUUGGAAGAAGAAAUGUUGAAACUUCUGCAGAAUUUUAAAGACGACGAAGCCCAAAAGAAAUUAUGUAUUCCAGCCGGUUUUACUACCAAAGAAGUCGAUAUCAUUGACAAUCUGGCUAAACGCUUAGAGUUGAAAUUAACUUUAGAUCCUUUACACAAUGGUAGAUAUUCCGUCAACAAAAAGAAGCUGUAAUUUCUGUUUUAUUUCCAUAAUUUCAUGUAUUGCUUAUCCUUUAGCUUUAUUUAGGGAAUAAAUUCUAUUGUGUACAUUUCACGCAGGGACUAUGGGAAGGUUAACUGGAGCACUAGUUGGGCUACGAAAAGCGAUAAUUGAAAUAUUUUUUUUUAAUAGAGAUUUUUUAAAAAUUAACUCAUCCGAAAUGUGAAGAUAUCUAAGCAGGGCGCCAUAUAUUUUUGUUUUGGAAUCGAAAUGAAGAAGAAUGAAAUGGUUCUUUAAACAAUUUUUUUCUUUCCAAGAAAAGUGUCAGAGCCAAAGUUGAUCAGCCAGGUGAAAAGGCAACGAAAGUUAAUUCAUGAAUUGCAAAAUUUGUUUUAAUCAUUUAAAACAUUCAAAUAUGCGAAUUACGUGAUAAUAACAGAAAAAUUUCACUCCUUGCUCGCGUAUUAUAUUAUUUCGAUUAUUAGAUCAUUUUCCAUUUAACAUUUCUGCGGAAAAAGGCAGCCAACAUGGGCCGAUAAGGUUUUUAUUUGGAAAGAGGGGGGAGAUGUUGUAUGUAGUGCAUUGUGGUCGCCAUCGGAUGAGGUCUAUAUGUGUCGGUAGCUCGUUUGGAGAAUAGGAAAAUUAUGUUCGCUUGUAAUCGAAGUUUUACGCCUGCUUUAUCUUAAACAAAAUUCGAAAGUGUCAAUAUUU